AUGGACUUGCCAACGCACCCUCCGUAUUCUAGGACUUCAUGCAUGAGGUGCUCCGGGAGUUUCUCCAUCGAUUCGUCAUUGUAUACAUAGAUGACAUCCUCAUCUACUCCCGGAGCCAGGCCGAACAUCGCCAGCACAUUGCGGAGGUCCUCCAAUGCCUGAGAGAGCACCACCUAUUCCUCAAGGCUGAAAAGUGCACUUUCCACCAACCCACAGUGCAAUUCCUGGGGUAUAACAUUGAUCGUACCGGUAUCCAGAUGGACGAGGGGAAGGUGGAAGCUAUAACCUCCUGGCCAGAACCCACUACAAUUAAAGAGCUCCAACAAUUCCUUGGAUUUGCCAACUUUUACCGUCGCUUCAUUCUAGACUAUAGCAAGAUCACCAGCCCACUCACAAGCUUACUACGAGGGAAACCCAAAUCUCUGUCCUGUACACCCGCGGCCUUAGAAGCUUUCUCCUCCCUCAAGAGAGCCUUCACUAGCGCCCCACUCCUAGUCCAUCCAGAUCCCGACCUCCCAUUCGUCGUGGAAGUCGACGCCUCCACUACAGGAGUGGGGGCAGUGCUGUCCCAGCAGCAGGGGAACCCAGCCCGACUCCACCCAUGUGCCUUCUUCUCAAGGAAGCUCAGCCCGGCGGAAAUUAAUUAUGACAUCGGCAACAGAGAACUACUGGCCAUCAAGCUGGCAUUAGAGGAGUGGAGGCAUUGGCUGGAAGGGGCAGUCCAUCCAUUCACCGUACUGACCGAUCUUAAAAACCUCCAGUAUCUUCGUGAGGCUAAACGUCUAAAUCCAAGCACCACCAAAGAUGAUCGUCAGUCCCAUUGA